AUGCGCAUCGUCUUGUUCGGUGGUACAGGCAUGAUCGGACAGGGCGUGCUACGCGAGUGUCUGCAGUCCUCGGAUGUCCUCUCUGUCCUCUCCGUCGGUCGACGCCGCAUUCCUGACAAUCUUCUCUCGAUGCAUCAUGACUUGUCCCUGGACAAGAAAUUGCAGCAAGUACAGAGCGAUAAUUUCGCCGCCAUCGACUGGUCAAAAUACGGCGAGUUUGAUGCCUGCUUCUGGUGCGUCGGCGUCUCUUCGGUUGGCAUCUCAGAUCACGAGUACACCAAGGUCAUGCGUGACCUUUGCUUCGAUACGAUUCAACAUCUUGGCAAGUCUGCCAGACGCCCGCCCGCUCUUGUCUACAUCAGCGCCUUUGGGGCGGAUUCUACCCAACAGUCGUCUACACACUGGAAGCGCGUGCGCGGCGAGACCGAGCAGCUGCUGCUCGACCGUGCCCAGAAUAGCGGUGACACCAGCAAGCCGUUUCGCGAUGUGUACAUUUUCAGACCGGCUUUCGUCCAGCCACUCGACAAUGUACGCUCCAGCGUCGCAUGGUACAACUGGGUUUAUCGGAGCCUUAGCUUGAUCACACCUUUACUGCAGUCCGUACUGCCCGGCAUGACGUCCACGCGCAACAUCGGCAGGGCCUGUGUCCAUCUGGCCUGGCAAACGUCUUAUCGCUCUGGAAUUCUCACUUCGCGCGAAAUCAAUCGGUUCGCCGAGAAACAGGCAUAA